AUGACCACGUCGGCCUCAGCCCCCACCGAAGGCACGUUCCUCGUCAAGGCCGGACUCGCCAAGAUGCUUAAGGGCGGCGUGAUCAUGGACGUGACGAACGUCGAGCAGGCCCGCAUCGCCGAAGAGACUGGCGCCGUGGCGGUCAUUGCGCUCGAGCGCAUCCCCGCGGACAUCCGCGUGGACGGCGGCGUCGCGCGCAUGAGCGACCCGGACAUGAUUGACGCCAUCAAGAAGGCCGUGACGAUCCCCGUGAUGGCGAAGGCCCGCAUUAAGCACUUUGUCGUGGUUGAAUACCCUAAGCUGUUAGUGUAA